ACUUUUCUAGGAGAGGACUUGAAAAAUUUCGAUAUUUAAAAAAAAAAAAUUUAUUUCCGAUAAUUUAAUUUUUUUUUUCUUCAGUUUUGUCCGAAAAAAAAAAAAAAAAAAAAGAAGAAAAGAAGAUGGCCAGUGAAUUAAAAAAGAAAGCCUUCUGGAGGGCGGUGAUCGCCGAGUUUUUAGCCAUGAUCAUGUUCGUUUUUAUAAGUAUCGGCGCCGCUCUCGGCUUCAAUUUUCCCAUCCAAGACAAGACGAACGAAACCGCCGGCCGGACGCAAGAUAUCGUGAAGGUGUCCCUGGCUUUUGGGCUGUCCAUCGCCACCAUGGCGCAGAGCGUGGGGCACAUCAGCGGAGCCCACCUGAACCCCGCCGUCACCCUGGGCUGCCUCCUCAGCUGUCAGAUCAGCAUCCUAAAGGCCGUCAUGUACAUCAUCGCGCAGUGCCUGGGCGCCGUGGUCGCCACCGCCAUCCUGUCCGGCAUCACCAGCAACCUGGAGGGCAACACGCUCGGGCUGAAUGGGCUGAGUGACGGGGUGACGGCCGGGCAGGGUCUUGGGGUGGAGAUCAUGGUCACCUUCCAGCUGGUCCUCUGCGUUGUUGCUGUCACAGACAGAAGACGACACGAUAUCUCGGGGUCCGUUCCUCUGGCCAUAGGACUCUCUGUUGCCCUCGGACAUCUCAUUGCGAUCGAUUACACUGGGUGCGGAAUGAACCCUGCAAGGUCUUUCGGUUCUGCAGUAGUUGCUAAAAACUUCCAGUAUCACUGGAUCUUCUGGGUUGGACCAAUGAUCGGAGGAGCAGCCGCCGCCAUUAUUUAUGAUUUCAUCUUAGCGCCGAGAACCAGCGACUUAACAGACCGCCUAAAGGUCUGGACCAACGGACAGGUGGAGGAGUACGAGCUGGACGGCGAAGACAACGCCCGCAUGGAGAUGAAACCAAAAUAAAGAAGAGCGAUACAAAACAAAAAAAAACACAAAAACUUCUGGAGGCGUCAGUAUUAUGGACAUAUAUUUGUACAAAAAAAAAAAGAAACAAAAAUAUUCCAAAAUGGGUUUUGUUUUUUUUCGCAGUUUGUUUUUAAAUUUUGUGCUUUGUUUUCGCCUUUUGCCGUUUAUGCC